UUCAAGGAAACGACAGGGGCGUGCCACUCAAUAGUCAAUUCUCAAUAUAAAGAGGAGAAACCAACAACAACUAAGAAGAACAAGGAGGAGAAGGAGGAAAACAUAACAUAACGUAUUAUAGAAUAAGAAGAAGAAGACGAAGGUUUUAUCGUCUAAUUAGCAAUAUAUGGAUGGCCUGCGAAACAGAGGAGUGUUUGGGGUGUCUGUUUGUGGGCAAGAGGGGAUAGAGCAGAUGUCAAGAGAUGGAAGCCAUUACAGUCUCUCUAAUGGGAUUCUGCCGUCUCUUGGAGCCAGGAGUAACCGCCGAGUCAAGCUCAGGAGAUUCAUUAUUUCUCCUUAUGACCGUCGAUACAGGUUAUGGGAAACAUUCUUGGUUAUUCUGGUGAUAUACACUGCUUGGGUUUCCCCGUUUGAAUUCGGAUUCCUCAAAAAGCCACAGCCGCCACUCUCCAUUACAGACAAUGUUGUCAAUGGAUUCUUCGGUAUUGACAUUGUUCUCACCUUCUUCGUAGCUUACCUUGACAGAGCCACCUACUUAUUUGUUGACAAUCCAAAGAAAAUCGCUUGGAAGUACAUACGUUCCUGGUUGGUCCUCGACGUCAUCUCCACAAUCCCUUCAGAGCUUGUUCAGAAACUCUCCCCUGAAUCAUUCAGGUCUUAUGGCUUGUUCAAUAUGCUCCGACUUUGGCGUCUCAGAAGAGUUAGUGCUCUUUUUUCCAGAUUGGAGAAAGAUAGGCACUAUAACUACUUCUGGGUUCGAUGCGGUAAACUUAUUUGUGUCACUUUUUUCGCAGUUCAUUGCGCCGGAUGCUUUUACUAUAACAUUGCCGCAAAUUAUGGUGACCCUGCAAGGACCUGGAUUGGGUCAUCCUUGGGAAGUGAUUUCAUUCAAAAAAGUGUGUGGAGUCGGUACGUGACUUCGAUUUACUGGUCUAUCACUACCCUGACGACUGUUGGCUAUGGAGACUUGCACCCUGUCAAUACAAGGGAGAUGAUCUUUGACAUUUUCUUUAUGCUCUUCAAUCUUGGAUUGACAGCUUACUUGAUUGGAAACAUGACCAAUUUGGUUCUCCAUGGGACUAGUCGAACUAGAAGAUUCAGGGAUACCAUACAAGCUGCUUCAAGUUUUUCCCAGAGGAACCAACUGCCUCCUCGCUUGCAAGAUCAAAUGCUAGCACAUUUAUGUUUAAAAUUUAGAACAGAUUCAGAGGGACUGCAACAACAAGAAACUCUUGAUUCCCUUCCUAAAGCAAUUAGAUCAAGCGUUUCACAUUAUCUUUUCUACUCUCUUGUCGAUAAGGUCUACUUAUUUCGUGGGGUUUCUAACGACUUGCUUUUUCAGCUGGUGUCAGAGAUGAAAGCCGAGUACUUUCCUCCCAAAGAAGAUGUAAUCCUGCAGAAUGAAGCGCCAACAGACUUCUACGUACUUGUCAGCGGUGCUGUGGAUCUACUGGUUCUGAAAAAUGGUGUUGAACAGAUUGUAGGAGAGGCAAAAACUGGUGAUGUCUGUGGUGAAAUUGGUGUCCUAUGUUAUAAGCCACAGCUCUUCACAGUGCGGACCAAACGACUGAGCCAGCUUCUACGGCUGAAUCGCACUACAUUCCUGAAUAUUAUCCAGGCCAAUGUUGGAGAUGGAACCAUAAUCAUGAACAAUCUCCUUCAGCAUCUGAAAGAUUGCAAGGACCCAAUUAUGGAAGGAGUUUUACUGGAAACAGAGAACAUGCUUGCUCGGGGUAGAAUGGACUUGCCACUCAGCAUAUGUUUUGCUGCAUUAAGGGAAGACGAUUUAUUGGUGCAUCAGCUGUUGAAACGAGGACUAGACCCAAAUGAGUCGGACAACAAUGGAAGGACAGCUCUGCAUAUAGCAGCGUCUAAAGGUAGCGAGAACUGUGUGCUUCUUCUGCUGGAUUAUGGGGCAGAUACGAAUAGUAAAGAUUCGGAUGGGAAUGUCCCUCUAUGGGAGGCAAUGCUGGGUGAUCAUGAACCAGUAAUCAAGUUGUUAAAGGACAAUGGUGGAGACAUAAACUGUGGAGAAGUGGGUCAGUUUGCUUGCACUGCUGCUGAGCAAAACAACUUAGACUUGCUCAAGCAAAUUGUUCUGUAUGGAGGGGAUAUCAGAUGUCCUAAAAGCAAUGGAACAACAGCUCUCCAUGUUGCUGUUUGUGAAGACAAUGUUGAAAUAGUGAAAUACCUCCUAGACCAUGGUGCCAAUAUGGACGAACCAGAUGUUCAUGGUUGGACUCCAAGGACUCUGGCAGAUCAACAAGGACAUGAAGAAAUAAAAUUUAUAUUCGAAUCUCGUGAAGAGCCGAAAACUCAGUCUGUUGUCAAAAUUCCAGAACAACGGCCACAGCAGCAGAGUAUUCGCUUCCUUGGUAGGUUUACAAGUGAACCAACCAUCCGUCCUCCAUCCCAGGAAGGCACAUUUUCGAAUACGGAUAGAUCUUGGAGCCAAUCCCGUCCGAGGCGAAGGACUAAUAAUUUCCACAACUCACUCUUUGGGAUAAUGUCAGCUGCCCACAAUACGGAGAAAGACACGCUCUUUUCGCAUAAUGAGGCUAAUGGCACCGGAAAGUAUGGUGGAAGUAACCCUUGUAGGGUGACCAUUAGUUGCCCACAAAAAGGAGAAGUUGCAGGAAAAUUAGUCUUACUUCCUAAGACCUUUCAAGAGCUACUUGAGAUGGGUUUGAAGAAAUUUGGAUUCUAUCCAAGUAGAAUUCUAGUCAAGGAUAGUGCUGAAAUUGAUGAUAUAGAGGUUAUUCGAGAUGGUGAUCAUCUUAUAUUUGAAAGCAAUCAGGGUAUGCAAGAAAAGAAUUGUCACGUCUCCCAAAAAGAAGGGGAGUUGUAGUCGACUCAUUUCCUUUUGUUUUUUUUUUUUUGCAUGGUUCUUCUCUGUAAGUGCCACUGGAGAUGUAUAAGUUCGUCUCAAAAAGAAAAAUGAAAGAGAAAAUUUAAUGAAAUUCAUGCAGUGAAAUGUCCAUAUUCAAACUUA